CCUCUUUCCAAAUAUCAGUUUGGUUAUCGCUUGGAAAAGAAGCAGAAAUGCCUUUAUCAUCAAAGAAUGAUUUUAUAUUUUAGCACAUAUAUCUUAUUUCCGAUUGUUUUUGUGAGAGUUUUAGCCUACACCGAUGACUUGAUCGACAUAACAUUUGGUCAACGAGAUUCUGCCUUUCUGAUCAGUGACAAUCAAAGCCUUAAAUAUAAUUCUUCAACAUUUUUUGCAUCAGCAAGCAACUUGGACCGUUAUGAGAUCGAUGCAUCGAUAGGAUUUUUGCACAGUUCUUUAACUGUCUUGGGUGAUAAGCUGAUCAAAAAUUCAAAAUUUCAUGUGACUGUACAUAGUUUUGAUAUGGAGAUAAGUGAAGAGACAAAAACGUUGCACUUUCUAUGUCAUGCAGUCUACUAUGGUAAAGUCAGUGAAUUAGCAUUUGAAUCGAGCAGUAUGUGUUGCAUUAUAUCCAUAAAUGCUUCGUACUUUAACGAGUUGACAUCUUGUGUUCUGAUUAUCGACCGUGUUAGUGAAAACUGGAUAUGCCAUGCAUCAAUUCAACUUCCACAAGCUCUUUGGAAGCAGAACCAGUCGCCAGAAGUUACUCUUGCAUAUGCGUCAUCGGGUUUUAUUUCGAAUCUGGAUAACGUCAAACAAAAACAUGAUAAUCAUGAUAAUUUUAAGCGCUGUCACUUGUCACUAAAUCACGUCAAGUUAUCGUUUGUUUCUAUCCCAUCAGUUAACAUUGCACAUACAGUCCCAGAUGCUAUUCGUGAAUUAGGAAGAAGUUUAUUGUUACAGAUCCCGAGGAGGGAAUUAAAAACAAAUGAGGAAUUUUUGGUAACUGUUCGUCUGAAACGUUUUGACGAUGUUUCGGAUUUUACUUUGAGAUGUGAAAUACCAUCCAAUACUUAUGUUGAAUUUGUUCGUGUAAUCUGGCCAGCUGGUGUGAAUUCAAUAAUAUCUCCUUCAUCGUCAUCAUCAUUAUCAUCACCAGUAUCCUUAUCAUCAACAACUAAUGGUGAUACAAGUUCUUCCAUAGAAGUUGAAGAAUUUUUUGAUACUCAAACUGGACCAACUAGUAGAUCUUCUGAAAGAAAUGACAUAAGAUCACAUAAUAUGUGGGAUGUGUUUCACAGAAGUGUAAUCAGUUCAAAACGUAAUGUAACUGAAAUUGUUGCUCGUUUCAGAGAAGAUUUAGUUACAUCUAAUCCAUCUUCAAAAUACAGUUCAGCAACUGAAGUGUAUAAAUUACAAUUUCGUGUUAACAAACCUCAGUCUAAUUCACCUGGACGUGUUGCACCAAGAAUAUUUUGGAGUUUAGUUAGUUUAAGUCGACGAAAUUCCCCAGAUCAUUCGAUUAGUGCAAGUCCAGUUGUGACAAGAUUGAAUAUUGAGCCGUCUGAAUUCAAACACAUAACAAUGGUGUUAAAAACAUCGGCAUUGGUAAAUCUUGCAGUUUUAACUGGACAACCAACUACUUAUCCUGUAUGGGUAUAUGGUUUAACACAUGAUUUAAAAUUAAUUGAUAUCACUAAUAAAGCAACAUGUCAUACUGGUGAUGAUGCUGUAAUACAUUUUGCACAAGAUAUUUGUUCAAAACUUGGAUUCUCUGGUGCAGAAUUAGAUGGUUCUCCAGGAUUACCAUUAGUAGCAAAAAUGGAUGGUCGUAGUGCUAGUGCAACACUAUUAGUUUGGUAUCCAAAAUCACCUUCACUUAAAUUAAUUGUUGAAUCAAGUUCAACUAAUAGUUAUGAUUCUAUGAAUCAAGAUUCAUCAAAUCAUAUUACAAUAAAACGUCUUGCUACAGAAAUUGUUGCAGCACAUUCAAAUUUUCAUAAAUCUUCAUGGACAAAUCAAAUUAAUUCAACUGAGGCGCCUCAAUUUUUUCAAUACUUUAGGAUACGUAUAAUGGCAAGGUUUAUUUUAGCUAGUUCUGUUUUACAUGAUAAAGAUGUACUUGGUGGACGUAUUAAUCAAUAUGUUGAUGUCACUGAAUUUACAAUACAUCGUUUACGUUUAGAAUAUAUUCAUGAAAAUUUAAUCAAUAAUCAUUUAUUAAAAAAUUCCAAUGAAAAUUAUUUAAUCAAUAUAAAUCAAUCAAUCAAUAAUCAUUAUCAAUUACCAAUACGUUUAAUUAAAUUAGGUAAUCAUUAUAAUCAGAAAUUAACCAAUCAAUUAUCUUCUACAUUAUCUUCAUCAUUAUCAUCAUUCAAUUCAAAUCAAUUUAUUAAACCAUUACGUGUAUGGAUUAUUGGACAAUAUAUUGGUAAUGUUAAAUUAUAUUUAUCACCAAUUAAUAGAAAUUUAUUAAAUACAUUUAUACCGCCAGGUUUAAUAAAACAAUUAAAAGAUCAUACAUCAAUACAAUUACAUAAUGAUAAUCAAUCAUUAUUAUUAAAAAAUGAUGAACAAUUUAAAGAGCCAAGUAUAACUGUUCAUGUUACAGAUGAAACAAGUAUAUGGCCUGUUGGAUUAUCUGCACAAUUAGUAACAGAUUUCUCUAUCUCUGUUAGUCAUUCAUCUGGUAUGGAUGAUACACAUCAAAGAACAAGUUCAACUUUAUCAUCUUCAAAUAGUAAUAAUAAUAAUAUUGAUAAUAAUAAUAAUAAUAAUGAUAAUUUAUUCUUAUCAUCAUCUACAGAACGUAUGCCAAUUCUAUCUGGUGUUUAUUCACUUAAAAUUGAAUUAAAAGGUAGUAAAUUAACUCAUAGUGGAUCAAUUAAUUCAGAAUUUAAUCAACCAAAUAUAAAUACACAUAGAAAAAUGUCAAUAUUAUCUAAUAAUAAUGAUAAUUAUAAUUUGAAUAAUAAAACAAAUCAAUUAAAUACAAUUACAAUGGGUAAUCCUAUUGGAUUUCUUAUUGUAUGGAUACAUUUAUCUGAUGGUUCAUCUAUUUUAUGGAAUCGAAUGACUGAGAUUUAUGAACAACUAUAUGGAAAGGAUAAGAUUCCAAUGAGUUUAUCAAUUAAAAAUUGUCGACCUGAUUUAUUCUGGAUUGAAACUAGUUCACCUGGAUUAGUAGAAAGAAAACAACGUUCUAUAAGAGGAAUAUCGCGAACUUCAAAUUUUUUCUCAUCAGAAUCUUCUCAAAUUUUAUCGAAAUCUUCAUUUAUUCGACAAAAUAAUAAUCGAUUUCGUGGAUUAUCUCGUCGUUCAGUACGUAUGAAACCACAUUUACUUCGAACUGGUGAUCAUUCUAUAACACGUAAUCAACAAAUAUACAGUAAUAUGUUACGUAAUGGAAUCGUAAAGAACAUAACAUUAAUUAAUGCAAGUAAUUAUUGGUCUGGUCCAAUAGUAUGGUUACUUCACAGAAAAAUCAAAUUUUCUGGUGAUAUAUUAGAAGUUGGACUAACAUCACCAAGUGGAAAUCUUCUAGUUCCACAUGUUCGUAUUCGUGGUGAAAUAAUAACUCCUAAAAAUAGUUUAUCUAUGAAUGAAUACUUAGAAAGUAACGAUCAUUAUGAAUUUAAUCCAAAAACUAUACAAGAAAGUAAGACCAGUGAAGGCAAUAUACAUGGUUCUAUGGCAUUUAAAGAUGCUCCUGGAUUUCAAAAACUUGGUUAUUAUCAUCCAAUGCAUUCAUCAUCUUCAUCGUCAUCAGCAUUACCAUCAUCGUCUUCGGAAAAAAUCUCUAAUUCACAAAACCCUCAGCUAUCUAAUACUGUUUCUAUAAAUUCUGAUGAUAUUAAUGUAGACGAUAGAUUGUCUAUUUUAUCUGAUGUUGGUGGUGGAAAUACUAAUCAUUUAGAAAAUAAAGAAUUAAUACAAGACAUUAAAAAUAAACCAUCCAUUAAUCCCAGGAGUGGUAGUCGUAACAGUAACAGUGGUUACAAUGGUAUUAAUGGAAACAAUGACAGGGCUAACGAUGCAAAAACUAGUUCAAGACCUGCAUUAGAAAUGAGUAUGUAUAUUUUACUUGGUCUAUUUGCUGUAGUUGGACUUGUAUUUGCUGUCAAUUGUGGAGUUGUUGUUGUACGUUAUCGUUGGGAAAAGAUGAAUAUGGAUAAUACUGACGGUAUUGACACUGCUACUCGUAAUGGCAGCUGUAGUAUUGCUAGUGGUUGUGUUCGAGGAAAAUAUAAUAAAUCACUUAAUAAUGAUAACAAUCACUCUCAAUCUUUAACAUUUACUGACCCAGUAUCCAAUAAUAAUGAGGUGACAGAUCAUAAUCAAUUAAUAUCGGCUAUUUCUACUUCACCAAAGUAUAAUUGGAAAAAUCGUCCGAAGAGUGAUGCUGAUAAUCAUGACAAAUUAUUACCCACUAAUAUUAAUAGUCAUAACAAUAAUAAAGAACGGAAACGUACUAAACGAUCUGCUUCAUCAGUGUUUGGCAGUCGUCAAAAACACAAGCCAUUGUUACAUCGUGAUUCAAGUUGGGUAUGGGUUGGUCGUCAACAUGUUAUUAGUGAACGAAAUGAAAUUGAUAAACUAGACGAAAACUCAAAUCCUCAUCACCAUCACCAUGGUCAGCUUAUUGGUUAUAAUUCGGAAUUAACUAAUUUUAGCAUAACAGCGCCAAAUUCUACUACUAAUAACAUUAUUAAUAAUGGUAGUAGCAUUGGUGUACCAAAAAUAGAUGCCAGUUUAUCUCAUACACAUAAACGUCCAGUGCAAUUUAAUGGAAUGAAGAAAAAUUCUACAACUGCUGUAUUAUCAGUUGGUGAAGCUGAUUUGUUAUUAUUACAGUCACCAUAUCGUGAAAGUGUAUGGCAAGAUACUUUACGUUCAGACACUAUAGAAUCGGAUUCACGUUUCUUAUAUGUAACAAGUGAUAAUCUUACACAACAAUUUGGAUAUACAGAAGAAAUACAACCUAAUUCAUUUUUGUAUAACCGAUUGUCUAUACCUGCCAGUAAUGCACCUAAGAAUGAGUGUCAAACACUUGGUCGUCACUUGAAACGUCAUACAACAGCAUUUACGCAGCGCAAUUAUCAGGGUCAAGAAUGUAGUAUCAGAAUAAUUAGUAAUCCAAUAUCAAAUAAGAAGCAACAUUAUCAUGUACAACAAGAACUAACUCAACAAUUCCUUAAUCCACAACUUUUCCUAUCAGAUUAUUCUCCAGAAAAUAUGAAAUAUAUCAAUCAACAGAGUAAUAAUAAUAAUAAUAAUACAUUAACAAACUCUGUAAUAGUUAGUGAAUCCUGGUUAAACAACUCAAAUCCAUUGAUGAUGUUAAAUGGAAGUGCUAGUGCAUCAUUACAUCGUAAACAAAUAUUACCAGUUCAUUUACAUGAUGAACGUACUACCACAGUACUAUGUAGUGAUCUAUUAAAUCACAAUGAUAUUUCAUUAUCAACUAUGAAUAAAUCGAAAAACAUUACAAAUAUAAAACAUUCUCCUGUGAUCUCAUCACCAAUUAAUCGACAUCAAUCUGUUUGUCAAAUGUUAUCACCUCUACCUAUAUGUCUAUCACAGGUUUGUAAUGAUGAAUCAAGUUUGAUUACAUCUUCGCAACAUCAACAUUAUCAGAGUAAUUUUAAUCAAGAUUGGAUGAUUUCAGGUUACCGUAGACAACCUUUAUUAAAUACAGAUGAUAUACAUCAUAAAGAUUUUUUAGAACAUAAUAAUAGUAAUAAUCAAUCUACAAUAGACAGACAAGAUUGUACAACAAUAGAAAUGUUAAAUGUUUCUUCACCUAUAUGUCCAUUGAACUCUCCAUGGCAAAUAAGAAAAACAUUAGAGAAAUCUUUAAAACGGAAUCAAUCCGAUUGUUGUUCAACUAAUCAACAAUGUGAAUUACACAGUCCAUUAAUAGAUCAUACCAAUAUCCAUGAAAAUCAUUUACAACUUAAUGAAGUAUUAGAAUUAAAUGAAACUAGUUCAUUUAAUCAAAGUCCACCAAAUCCUCCAAUAAGAACUACAAGUCGUGGAGCUAUUACUUAUCAUACACUUGGUCAUUUAACAAGACAUAAUAAUAAUAAUACAAAUAAUCAACAUCCACGUCCACUUAGUUUGCCUCAAAGUUUCCAUGUAACAAAUGAAUUGUAUUCAGCCUUAUGUCAAACUGAUUCUUCUAAAGAAUGUGUAAAAAUUUUAAAUGAAAAUAUUUAUAAAAAACAUAAAACUAAACAAAAUAACAUCGAUACUAUUAAUAACAAUAAUAAUAACACAUCAGAAAUUUGUCAAGAUUGUCUUUUCUCUUCAUCCUAUGAUAUUUUAUCAAAAUAUUUAAAUAAACAACAAAGUCCAAGUGAAGAAAGUUUAUGGUGGUAUCAUCCGGUACAUCAGAAACGACGACGUAAACGUAAGCAUCAAUCUAAAACUCAUGUUGAAGAUAAUAAAUCUAACCAUCAUCAUCAUCAUCAGCAGCAGCAGCAUCAUCAUCAUCAUUUUCAACACCAUCAUUAUCAUCAUCAAAAUCAUUGUGAUCAAUCAAUUACAAAACAUCAUCAAAAAUUAGAUAAUUAUAUAAGUAAUAUAUCAGAACAGUCAAGAGAUUUGUCAAUUCCUAUGAUCACGAAAUAUGAUACUACUGAAUUAAAUGAUAAUGGACUAACAAAUUCUGCACUGUAUUCAGAUAAAGGAAUUGAUUCACAACAAAAUUUAUGUGAAUCUAUAGAGCAUAAUGAUUUCAAACCAAAUACCGUUGUAAUAAAUGAUCAUGAAAAAUCAUCAUCAUCAACAUCAUCAUCAUCUACUUCUUCUUCUUCUUCUUCUUCUUCUUCUUCAACAUCAUCAACAGCGAUGAUGCCAUUACAACAACAACAACAACAAUAUCAUUCCAUAAAAUCUCAUCAUAAAAAUAUGAAUAAAUAUCAAUUUAUGAAUUCACAAACAGAUUUAAGUUGGGAACAAGAAUUAUUAUGUUUAUCUCAUGAUCGUUUAGUUGCUUAUUUUGCUGAAAUGAAAGAAUCUAAUGCUUAAUGCUUACAAUUCUAUUCUUCUAUUAUUAAGAAAAAAAAAGGCAUAGUGACUUGUAUUAAUUCAAUGAGAUUCAUUAUGAUUUCAAUCUACUUAAAGUAUAUUAUGUUUAGAUCAUGCAUAUAUUAGAUAUCACAUUUUAAUUUUCAUUAUAUUCAUUCAAUUGAUUACAUGUUAUCAAUAUUGAAUCAAUGUGAUUA